CUGGUCCCGAGGCGGCGGUGGACGCGCGUUCCGACAUGGCCUUUAUGGAGAAGCCGCCGGCGGGCAAGGUCCUGCUGGACGACACGGUGCCGCUGACAGCAGCCAUCGAGGCGAGCCAGAGCCUGCAGUCUCACACGGUUUUCUAAAAUCUCAUCACAGCAAGGCAUCUUUGAAUACCAGCUCCAGUGCCGUGAAAUCUUAAAUAUCUUUUCGGAAACUCAGGAAUUAAAAAAUGUCAGUGAGGAAGCUUACUGGGAAAGUGGCCUGCACGGGAAGCGUCUACCAGCCGUUGUGGACAUGACAGCCCCCGCCCCCGCCCGCUCAGGAUGAGUCCACCCGAGUUCCCCAGACUGUCAGAAAUCGCGUGGCCCCAGUGCCUUUCGGCCCCAACCACACUGACUUGCCAAAACACCCACAUGCUAGUCUCCACAGGACAGCCACCCUGUCCUGCCGAGGAAUAUAUCAUUCGAGUACAAAGAGGAAUUUCUGUAGAAAAUAGCUGGCAGAUUGUUAGGAGAUACAGUGACUUUGACUUGCUGAACAACAGCUUGCAGGUUGCAGGCCUGAGUCUACCUCUUCCUCCCAAAAAAUUGAUUGGUAACAUGGAUCGUGAAUUCAUAGCUGAGAGGCAGAAAGGUCUUCAGAACUAUCUCAACGUUAUCACCACAAAUCAUAUCUUGUCUAAUUGUGAGCUGGUUAAGAAGUUUUUAGAUCCAAACAACUAUUCUGCAAACUACACUGAGAUUGCCUUACAACACGUUUCCAUGUUCUUCCGAUCGGAACCAAAGUGGGAGGUGGUAGAACCAUUGAAAGACAUAGGUUGGAGGAUAAGGAAGAAAUAUUUCUUGAUGAAGAUUAGAAAUCAGCCAAAGGAACGGCUAGUGUUAAGCUGGGCUGACCUUGGUCCUGACAAGUAUCUGUCAGAUAAAGAUUUUCAGUGUCUAAUCAAACUUCUGCCAUCCUGUUUGCACCCUUACAUCUAUCGUGUUACCUUUGCCACAGCUAAUGAAUCCUCAGCGUUGCUAAUUAGAAUGUUUAAUGAAAAAGGAACUCUGAAGGACCUGAUCUACAAGGCAAAACCAAAAGACCCAUUCCUAAGGAAAUACUGCAACCCUAAGAAGAUUCAAGGCCUUGAACUCCAGCAAAUAAAAACAUACGGGCGGCAAAUAUUAGAGGUACUAAAGUUUCUCCAUGACAAGGGAUUUCCUUAUGGGCAUCUUCAUGCUUCCAACGUGAUGCUGGAAGGGGACACUUGCCGGCUGCUGGACCUUGAGAAUUCCUUGUUGGGCCUUCCUUCCUUCUACCGAUCUUAUUUCUCACAAUUCAGGAAAAUCAAUACAUUGGAGAGUGUGGACGUCCACUGCUUUGGCCACUUACUGUAUGAAAUGACUUAUGGACGACCGCCAGACUCGGUGCCUGUAGACUCCUUCCCUCCUGCACCGUCUAUGGCUGUGGUGGCCGUGUUGGAGUCUACGCUGUCUUGUGACGCCUGUAAAAAUGGCAUGCCCACCGUCUCCCGGCUCUUACAGAUGCCAUUAUUCAGUGAUGUUCUGCUAACUACUUCCGAAAAACCACAGUUUAAGAUCCCCACGAAGUUAAAAGAGGCAUUGAGAAUUGCCAAAGAAUGUAUAGAAAAGAGACUAAUUGAAGAACAGAAACAGAUCCACCAACAUCGAAGACUGACGAGAGCUCAGUCUCACCAUGGAUCCGAAGAAGAAAGGAAAAAGAGGAAGAUUUUAGCUCGAAAGAAGUCAAAACGAUCUGCUGUUGAAAAUAGUGAAGAGCAUUCAGCAAAGUACAGCAACUCCAAUAAUUCAGCAGGAUCUGGGGCCAGUUCACCUCUCACGUCCCCGUCAUCGCCGACUCCACCCUCCACAGCAGGGAUGUCCGCAUUACCUCCACCUCCUCCACCUCCGCCUCCACCACCAGCAGCUCCCUUGCCUCCUGAGAGCACAGAGGCACCCACACAGCUUCUGCCCCAGGCUGUGAAUGGCGUGAGCCGAGGGGCCUUACUCAACUCCAUCCAGAAUUUCCAAAAAGGAACUUUGAGGAAAGCCGAAACCUGUGAUCACAGCGCUCCUAAGAUCGGCUAAAGCUUUUUGUUUACACUUGGAGGGAAAAGUUAUUUUUUUUCCCUUCCAUUUCCAACCCCUAAAGUACCCACUCUCUGGAUGAAUAAUUGGUGAGCCAGUACAGCCACAUACGACUUUGCAGAUGCUCAUGUAAGUGGCUUUUCAAGAAGGAAAUAGUCUUCAAGUAGAAUGAAGUCAGGCUGGCAUUGCUGCCUUAAGAAAUAUUUAGCUCCUUUAUUACCGUUGUAAAGGAGUCUUGUUCAUCCUCUGAUGGUCAUCUUUUGGGGGCAGCAGCAUAUUGGAAUCAAUUAUUUCCACCAAUGGAAGGAAAUAGACAAAAAAAUGACAAUAUACAGUCACAGCGGUGAAUGGCCUUUGUGUUGCAAUCCCUCCUAUCCUGUCAGAGAGCUCCUAGAAAUGCUCCUCUCAUAAUUCAUUUCUCUAUUCUAAAGCAUUUUCUGGUUAUUUCUUAGAUAACUCCCAUUUUUGCUACCUUAAUUUCAUCGUAGCCAUUAACACUGUAGCCCAAAGCAUAGUUAUGUCACUGAGAGUCAGAGAAGCAACUGAGUUCAUUUUCCUCUCAAAUAGAACGGGGAAAGUUUGUAACAUUCUCUUAAGUUCAAACAGGAACUCCAUUGUGGUUAUGGAACUCAGGGCUGCUAAAGGAACUACUCUGGACUCUUAGUUCCUUUUAUAGUUAGUAUGUACUGAACAGACAAAAAAAUGUUAACAUCAGAAAAAAGCUCUUGCCAAUUAGAGGAUCUUCUUAAUCCUCAGCAAUUAAGUCAAGUUUAGAGUUUGUUGGGGGGUUAUUAUUACAACACAAGUAAAUUUGGCAUCUGUAGAAAUCAGUUCUGAUUUUUGAAAGAUUUAUCCAAAUAUGUCAUCUUUUUAAUGUUAUUCAUUUAUUAGAUCCUUUAUCCUAUGAUUUGCUUAAACCCUUAAAUAAACUGCACUUUAAAGGAUUAUAAAUAAUCCAUCUAAAAAUUCAAGUUACACACAUCAGUGUUGGUUACUAUGCAGAGAGAAUGUCAUUGUGUAUAGUUUCAUGUAAUCUGUGAUAAACGUUCAGCUGUUAUUUUUUAUGAAAAUAAACAAUGUCAAGAAAA